GGGCCGGGGGGCGGCGGCGCUGGAUCCGCGGCCACCCGAUCGCUGGCGGGAGAUGUCGAACCCCGGGACGCGCAGGAAUGGCUCCAGCAUCAAGAUCCGUCUGACAGUAUUGUGUGCCAAGAAUCUUGCAAAGAAAGACUUCUUCAGACUUCCCGACCCUUUUGCAAAGAUUGUCGUUGAUGGGUCUGGGCAGUGCCACUCAACUGACACUGUGAAAAACACUUUGGACCCAAAGUGGAACCAGCACUAUGAUCUAUAUGUUGGGAAAACGGAUUCUAUAACUAUCAGCGUGUGGAACCACAAGAAGAUUCACAAGAAGCAGGGAGCUGGCUUCCUCGGCUGCGUGCGACUGCUGUCCAAUGCCAUUAGCAGAUUAAAAGAUACUGGAUACCAGCGUUUGGAUCUAUGCAAACUAAAUCCCUCAGAUACUGAUGCAGUUCGUGGCCAGAUAGUGGUCAGUUUACAGACGCGAGACAGAAUCGGCACAGGAGGGUCUGUGGUGGACUGCAGAGGACUGUUAGAAAAUGAAGGAACGGUGUAUGAAGACUCUGGGCCUGGGAGGCCACUUAGUUGCUUCAUGGAGGAGCCGGCCCCUUACACAGAUGGCACGGGUGCUGCUGCCGGGGGAGGCAACUGCCGGUUUGCGGAGUCCCCAAGUCACGAUCAGAGGCUUCAAGUGCAGCGACUUCGGAAUCCCGAGGUGCGAGGGUCCCUGCAGACACCGCAGAACCGCCCGCACGGCCACCAGUCACCCGAGCUGCCCGAGGGCUAUGAGCAAAGAACCACAGUCCAGGGGCAAGUUUACUUUUUGCACACACAGACGGGCGUGAGCACCUGGCACGACCCCAGGAUACCCAGCCCUUUGGGGACCACUCCUGGGGAAGAUGAAGCUUUUCUGUAUGAAUUCCUUCUCCAAGGCCAUACACUGAGCCCAGACCUUAACAGUGUGAACUGUGAUGAACUUGGACCACUGCCACCCGGUUGGGAAGUCAGAAGUACCGUUUCUGGGAGGAUAUAUUUUGUAGAUCAUAAUAACCGAACAACACAGUUUACAGACCCAAGGUUACACCACAUCAUGAAUCACCAGUGCCAACUGAAGGAGCCAAGCCAGCCACUGCCACUGCCCAGUGAAGGCUCUGUGGAGGACGAGGAGCUGCCUGCCCAGAGAUACGAGAGGGAUCUAGUCCAGAAACUCAAAGUCCUCAGACAUGAACUUUCACUGCAGCAACCCCAAGCUGGCCAUUGCCGCAUUGAAGUCUCCCGAGAAGAAAUAUUUGAGGAGUCUUACCGCCAGAUAAUGAAGAUGCGGCCAAAGGACUUGAAGAAACGACUGAUGGUGAAAUUCCGAGGAGAAGAAGGUUUGGAUUACGGCGGAGUGGCGAGGGAGUGGCUUUAUUUAUUGUGCCAUGAAAUGUUGAAUCCAUAUUAUGGACUCUUCCAGUAUUCUACCGACAACAUUUACAUGUUGCAGAUCAAUCCAGAUUCUUCAAUCAACCCUGACCAUUUGUCUUAUUUCCACUUUGUGGGUCGGAUCAUGGGUCUGGCUGUGUUCCAUGGACACUACAUCAAUGGGGGCUUCACGGUCCCCUUCUAUAAGCAGCUACUGGGAAAAGCCAUCCAGCUUUCAGAUUUGGAGUCGGUGGACCCAGAGCUCCAUAAGAGCUUAGUGUGGAUUCUGGAGAACGAUAUCACCCCUGUGCUGGACCACACCUUCUGCGUGGAGCACAACGCCUUCGGGCGGAUUCUCCAGCAUGAACUGAAACCCAAUGGCAGGAAUGUCCCUGUCACAGAGGAGAACAAAAAAGAAUAUGUCCGGUUGUAUGUAAAUUGGAGGUUUAUGAGAGGAAUUGAAGCCCAGUUCUUAGCUCUCCAGAAGGGGUUCAAUGAACUCAUCCCUCAACACUUACUGAAGCCUUUUGACCAGAAGGAACUAGAGUUGAUAAUUGGUGGCUUGGAUAAGAUAGACUUGAACGACUGGAAGUCGAACACGCGUCUGAAGCACUGUGUGGCUGACAGCAACAUCGUCCGGUGGUUCUGGCAGGCCGUGGAGGCCUUCGACGAGGAGAGGAGGGCCCGGCUCCUGCAGUUUGUGACUGGCUCGACACGGGUGCCUCUCCAGGGCUUCAAGGCACUGCAAGGUUCUACAGGCGCGGCAGGGCCCCGGCUGUUCACCAUCCACCUGAUAGACGCCAACACGGACAACCUUCCAAAGGCUCACACCUGCUUUAACCGGAUCGACAUUCCACCGUACGAGUCGUAUGAGAAGCUGUACGAGAAGCUGCUGACGGCUGUGGAGGAGACCUGCGGGUUCGCCGUGGAGUGAAGAGCAGCCGAGAAAGCCGAGGCGCACUCUCGGAGCACCAGCCCACAAGCACCCCGCUUUCAGGGUGCCUCCCGUGACGCCGGGGCCGGGAGACCUGAUGACCCGAGGAAAAGGGGUUGUCCCCCCUCCUUUUGCUGGGGGGAGGGCGGGGGUACUUGGCUGGUGGCUCCUACCCCUAUAUUCCUCCUUCAUGACAAUACUCCCACCCUCCAUCACCCAUCCAAUAAAAGGCAGGCAGGGUCAGUGUUUGGCUUCGGUCACACAGGAAAUUCUGCUCUGGUGAUAACACGCACCAGGACAGGACACGCUCCAUGCCCCGCGGGCCCCACAGGAGUCUCCACCUGCAGUGACAGACCUGUGCCUGGCUGGUGGGUGCAGGACUGGGACCUGGACAGGCCCUUCUGUCCCCACAGCCUGGAGGCCCUCUGCAAGGUCAGCACCUGCGGAUCUUACCUGAGCUGGAACUCCAAAUUUCACAUCCUUGCAGCCUGCUGUGGGGAGCAGAGUAAUUUCUAACCGAAAAUAACUGUUGAACAGACACUUGCGGGGAUUCUGCCACAGCAGGAAGCGCUAGUCAAGUGUGUCUCCCCUUUGGAAAGAUCAAGGUAUUAGGCAGCUUUUGCUGGAGCUGUGGGUAUUUCUUUUCAGGGUGUCUUGGCUGAAAAAUUUGUUUUGCACAGAGAAAAAUUAUCUUUAAGAGUCCCUUUUGCCACAUUAUCCAGUGUGAAAUAUUUUUCCAGUAAAAACACAACACAGUGGAGCUUGUCAAAGAACAGACCAAACGAGCCUUAGACACAACCAGCUGUCCCAAAGCCGUGUGUCCGAACCAUUGUUACACCCCGGAGGGCAUCGAUCGUGUUACUUGAAAUGUUAAACCAUUAAGGGGACAUUGCUACGAGCUAACUAACAAAGCAAAGUUCUGUUCUUCUAGCUGCUGGCUUGGUGAGAACUAAGCCUUAGAAGGGGGAGGGAGGGCAGACAUACGUGAUGACCUAAACCUGCCUGAGGGGACUGUUGCACAGAAGUCGGGCAGGGGGUGAGCCCACACUGGCGUGCUUGCCCUUUCCCCAGCGUCAGAUGGUGACACUGCCUGUCGGUUCACCUGCCCAGGUGUCUCCGGAGGAGGAAGGCCUGAUCAAGCUUGGCGCUUGAGUUCCUAACACCAUUUGCAAGGUGCACAAAAGUGCAAGCAGCAUUUGAGCAAGGUGGCAUGAUUCCAGACAGCUAAGCUUCAGUGAAAGCUGCAGCAGCAACACAUCUUCCCAUAUGAUUUUGUGUUGGCUUGGCUUUUUGGUUUUGGAGGAGACGCGAGUGCAGGGUGACUCAGUAGGACGACACUCAGCUUGCUGGUAAAGUUUCUGAGUUGAGCGCUGGGAUCCAGCGCAAGUCUGCGAUGGAUGACUAUUUUCUGUGUUCUUUUUGUUGCUAAUACCUUUUCACUGUGGUGGGUUAGGAAGAAUACUUGCUCUUCUGCGUCCUGCUGCAGCUCCUCUGCUCGCCCCAGAAGUGGUCCCUGGUUGACGUGGGCACACUCGGACUUCCCGGAAGCAGCCCCUCGCCCCUAACCAGGGGCGUGGUGGUUGUGGCUCACAGGCUCAGGUGAGCCGCACCUCCGACCCGAGGUUCAGGAUGGAGGGAUGACAUGUGGACUUGCUACAGAAGCUAAGUCCAGUCUGUUCAGAAAGUGCAGGCCAAACUGUGGGCUCCAAGCCUCGCCCCGCUGGAUGGCGCAGGGUGUCUCUCGUGACCGUGCUGCUGUGUUGCACUUAAGACUGGCUCCCAGCGGUGACAGCCAGUCUUUCCUUGGCACCGGCCUCUUGGAGAAAGAAGAAAGGAAAACUACAGACCCCAAGAUAGGUCUCUCCUUGAAAAUGAACGCAGACUGCAAGGACGCACAGAUGCCCUGGUGGAUGUACCGCUGUUUCCUCUGGCGCCUCUGAGGUUGGCAUUGUUUGGAAGGAAACCAGGGUCUAAUGGUUUAACAGGCUCGUAAGUAGCAAUGUUUUCUCUGACACCAUUAAAACUACCUUUUUGCUGUUAGGUGGGAGUGGGGGUGAGAUCCUUAGAAAGGCAUCCACCACCCCACGGAGGGGGCCGCUGCCCCCUGUGCACCAGGGUCAAGACAGUUGUGUCCUGUGUCCUCCCAGCUGGCUGGAGACACUGCACGUCCUGUCCCAGGAAGGCGUCUGCUCCCCUGCCUGCCACCGUGUGGAGUUUGCGGCUCCACCCACCCCGGGUCAUCUGCUGUGUGAGUGUUGCCAGGAGCCCGGAACCUGAGAGUAGAAUAUGCCAAACAGGCCGUGGCCAGCGGCACUGCACCUCGAGAAACCUUAAAUAUCUGCUUUGUCUGGUCCUCACGGAACCACCCAAAGAAUAAAGUGUGGCAGCAAAGGGUCAGAGCUCCUUCUGGUCCACGCCUCACCCAUGACCCCAGGCGACUACACCCCCCACCCCCGUCGUUGUCCAGUGGCUUCAGGGCCCGACCUCAGGCUGCCUCACCAGCGGCUCAGCCAACACUCAGGGAUGUAGCAAACCACCGUCCAAAGUGCCCCACGCAGGGACAGACCAGCUGCCCGCGAGGCUGGGGUGAGUGGCAGCAGGAUGCUGGGUUUCAGAAAGAGGAUCUGCCGCCAGGUUAGACCCUGAGCUUGUGCAGCCACGGUCCACAUUCUGGUCAGGUGGUCACAACCUGAGGUGUCAGGAAGGGCCUCUGCAGAGAAUCCCCACAGCCAGCGCCAGGUGAGAGCCACACGGCAGCCCGCCCAGAGUAUAGACUUUUAAGAUUGGUUUAUUUUUGUUUCUCAACCACUUUAUAAUGUGUUUUUAAUUUAUUUUGUAAUGUCUUGUUUUUAAGUAUUGCUGCUAUCCUUGUUAUUCUUCCCACCAUUUUUAUUGCUGAUUUAUUUUGUGAAAGUUAUACACUAAUAUUAUGUUUUAUGUCAAAAUCAAAAGUAUUUAAAGAAAUGCUAGUUCUGUUUAAUGUGGUUAUGGAACCAGCUGGAAAUACGAAACACACAACACUGCAGCAGGCGGACCCGAGGUCAGGUUCAUUUUGUUAUAUGCAAUAAAUUCACAACUUUAGAGCUGUGCGUCUGUUAUUUGGGUGUGGAAAUGCAACUCCAUUUUCCUUGUAACCCCACAAGAAAGGAAGUCAGCAGCCAGACACUAGGAAGGGCCU